CCCACCCCGGUGUCCUUAACGCUGCAGAAGUCUGCCACCCCGAGACACGCGAAACACCCCAGACCCCGCAGCCACCGCAGCCACCGCAGCCGCUCGGCUCGACCAGGCUCCGCUGCCGCCAUGCCCCGGGGGAGUCGCAGCGCCGCCCGGCCAGCGAGCCGCGCCGCCGCGCCUCCAGCGCACCCGCCGCCCGCCGCCGCAGCCCCGGCGCCCUCGCCCUCCGGCCAGCCUGGCCUCAUGGCGCAGAUGGCGUCCACCGCCGCGGGGAUGGCCGUGGGCUCGGCCGUGGGCCACGUGGUGGGCAGCGCCCUGACCGGAGCCUUCAGCGGGGGCAGCUCGGAGCCCGCACAACCUGCGGUUCAGCAGGCCCCGGUCCAUCCUGGCCCCCAGCCUCUACAGCUGGGGCCCUGCGCCUAUGAGAUCAAGCAGUUUCUGGACUGCUCCACCACUCAGAGCGACUUGUCCCUGUGUGAGGGCUUUAGUGAGGCCCUGAAGCAGUGUAAAUACAACCAUGGUCUGAGCUCUCUGCCUUGAGGAGGACAGGGCAGACAAUAUGGGCCAGCCCUCCACCCCCUCAGCUAGACCACGACCCUCAGAUUGUACCCAUCUAACUGUGAAUGGGAGUGAGACACAAAUGUACGAUUAAAAGAGUUUAUUUUAGACCAA